UUUCUCGAUUAAAACGCGGUUUAUGUAAUAACAAAUAAGCUUUUUUAACUAUCCCGUUUUAUUAACUGGAUGCAUUUCAGGUAAAUAUAUUAUCCGAUUCAAUAUUGAACAAUUGAAGUGUUGUUGCAUCGUAUAUCGAUCAUCAUUUGAUUUUGACUAUCAUCUCAUCAUGACCAUCAUUAUUUACACAAGCGUAUAUAUAGAUGUCCACAAGGUUUCUGGUUGAUUCGAUAGCGAGUAUCUCGCAUUAGUUUAUCCGUUGUUUUUGUUACUGAAGUAGACUAAAAUGACUCCAAAGUAUAAACUCACAUACUUUGACCUCGGUGGUCUGGGAGAAUCGAUUAGGUUUCUAUUCCAUUAUGGCGGAAUCGAAUUUAUCGAUAACCGAGUCUCAAUGGCGGAUUGGCCGGCCCUUAAAAAUUCGAUUCCUUUACGACAAAUGCCUCUUUUGGAGGUCGAUGGCAAAGUUCUGCACCAAAGCGUGGCUAUUUCCCGCUACGUGGGACGUUUAGUGGGACUUGCAGGCAAAAACGACUUGGAAGACUGCGAAAUUGACGCCGUAGUUGACACAAUUACGGAUUUCCGCCUUCAUUUCAUGAAGCAUCGCUUUGAGUCGAACCCUGAGGCCAAACAAGCUCUAAAGGAGAAGCUCGAAAAGGAAAUCAAGCCGUUGAUAUUCGGACAAAUGGACUCAUGGGCUCAAAAAAACAACGGUUAUUUGGCACUCGGAAGAUUAACUUGGGCUGACGUGUAUUUUGUGGCUUUAAUUGUCAGUUUUAUGCUAUCCGAGCCUGAGUUGCUAGAAAAUUACCCGAAUUUGAGGGCAAUGCAGCAAAAUGUCCUGUCGAUUCCCCGAAUCAAGGCCUGGGUGGAAAAACGUCCAAAGGACGUCGUACAGUAAACCCUUAAAAUUGUAUGUUCUUAAUAAAGUUUCAUUUUUUA